AGGAAGGCGCUCGCUCGCUCGCCGGCUCCCGCCGCCGCUCCGGCAUGAGCGCGGCUUUCCAGCCCUCGCUGAUGAUGAUGCAGCGCCCGCUGGGAAGCAGCACGGCCUUCAGCAUCGACUCGCUGAUCGGCAGCCCCCCGCCGCCCGCCCCCGGGCACUUCGUGUACACCGGCUACCCCAUGUUCAUGCCCUACCGGCCCGUGGUGCUGCCGCCGCCGCCGCCGCCCGCGCUGCCGCAGGGCGCGCUGCCCCCCGCGCUGCCCCCCGCGCACCCGCACCACCACCAGCUGCCCAGCCUGCCCUCCGGCUUCUGCUCCGGCCUGGCGCAGGGCAUGGCGCUCACCUCCACGCUGAUGGCCACGCUGCCCGGCACCUUCCCCGCCUCCCCGCAGCACCAGGAGGCCGCCAGGAAGUUCGCGCCGCCGGGGAACUUCGAGAAAGCCGAGGGGAUCCCCGCGGACGGCGGCGGCGACGACGGCAAAGCCUUCCUGGGCAAGGACGGGGCCCUCCUGCCCUUCCCCGCCGCCGACGCCGUCCAGGCUUCCCUCGCCGGGGCUCUCCGCGGCCAGGGUAAGGAGGACCCCAAGGCGGAGGAGGACGCGAAAGGCAAGGAGGAAAGUUUCUCCAUGGACAGCGAUCUAGAUUAUAGCUCGGACGACAACAUCCCCGGCCAGGCGGCUCACAAGGAAGAGGACUCUGGCAACGGGCUCGAGGAAAACCCCCAGAACCCCCCCAAUUCCACCAACACCACGUCCACGGGCAAAAACCGGCGGAGGCGAACAGCCUUCACCAGCGAGCAGCUGCUGGAGCUGGAGAAGGAGUUCCACUGCAAAAAGUACCUGUCCCUGACAGAGAGGUCCCAGAUCGCCCACGCCCUCAAACUCAGCGAGGUGCAGGUGAAAAUCUGGUUCCAGAACAGGCGGGCGAAAUGGAAACGGGUCAAAGCGGGCAACGCCAACUCCAAGACGGGGGAACCUUCGCGAAACCCCAAGAUCGUGGUGCCCAUCCCGGUGCACGUCAGCAGGUUCGCGAUCAGGAGUCAGCACCAGCAGCUGGAGCAAGCCCGACCCUGAUCUCUCCCUCCUCCUACGCUCAGAGCCACGAGGUUUUAAAGGGAAAAGUUUCCAAGCCGGGGUUUGAAGGCGACCCGCCCGAAUAAAAGCAAAAGCGAGAGAAGAAAAAGAAAACCGAAAAAAAAACCCCCCCAACCUGACAAAAAACCCAACAACAACAAGGAAAAAAGAAAAAAAACACCACCAGAAAAACCUAAAACAACCCGAAAAAAAAUAAAAUAAUAAAACCCCGCGCGAGCGCGUGGCAAAUCCCCACCACGAGCGAACUUUAAAGCGAAACUUUCCACUCGCCGCGAGGGGAAGAGGCUUGGAAACUGUUUGGGUUGGGAGCAGGGAUAUCCCGCGCUGGAAAAGACACACAGACCGCCCCCAAACACAGACACAGAUAUUUAUUGCCAGGCUGCCCCGCUUCGGACGCCCUUGGCCGCGAUGGGCACGGCGGACGCGGAGCCGGCGCUGGAUCCCCCUGGCCGGAGCAUCCCCAGCGAAACCCGCGGCGCCUUUCGCCACCUUUGGGGUUUUCUUUCUUAUUCGGGGGCGAAAGGUAAAAAAAAAAAAAAAAAAAAAGACGAGAGAACAAACGAACAAACAAAAACCGAAAGAAAACUCAGAGUUUCAUUUCACGCCUUUUUUAUUGUUUCGUUUUAUUGCCGAUGCCUGAGUGGCAGGCACUGGGGAAUGAGUUUUUAAAUCUUUUUUUUUUCUUUUUUUCUUUUUUUUUUUUUUGCCUGGCUUUCUGUCGAUUUGGUUUGCCUAUUCUACCAAGCCAUGUUUAAAGGAGA